AUGUUCUUGCCCCCACUAGGGCGCCUCCUAUCCACCCGGCCAUUGGUUGCUGCCUAUUCCAGCGCAUCUGUGGUCGCGUUUCAAGGCAAAUUGCGACACCCCAACUUUUCGCUGCCCAGGACACCACGACGAGGAUUCCAGGUCUCCACGGCUGCUCGAAACGAGGGCCAUGAGUGGCCGUCGACAGUCCUCAUUGGCCGGGAGAUGUAUGAGCGAACCCUAAUCACAUGGGGUUGGGUGUUCUACCGAACCACAUACGAAGACGAUGAAGCAUGGGACCAUUUCAAAGGAUUGGUCAAUACUUCAGUGCGCAACAUCGUCAACAUGGAAACCAGGGUAAAAAUGAGAGAUAUUCUCUCUGACACACUCAAAAUCACCUUCAUCGAAGACAAAGAGAAACUUAACGGAGCGUCAAAAGAUCAGCUACGAGCCCACUUCCAGCAGUGGGUGACGGACAGCUUUCAGGCCGAGAAUCCGGAUGCCGACAAGGAUCUUAUACACCAUUCUGAACCAGUUCCUCGGUACCGGUACUUUUUUGAGAUCGACGAUCAGGCCCUCCGCAAUUGUUUAUGGGACGUGGGGCAAUCUGCGGAGAAGGGAUCAGGCGAAGGCUAUGCCAACUUCAUCGACGGCUAUUGGACAUCCGAGACGGGCAAUUUCCUGGUUCCAAGCAGAUCAAGGGAAGUUGAGGGAUGUCAGACUGAGGGAUGUCAGACUGAGGAAUGUCAGACUGAGGGACUAUGGGAGCCCAUUGGAGGUCAUGCCGAUGAGAAUGUUGGAUGGAUGAAGAUGGAUAAAUGCUUCUUCAUGGAUCCCCAUUGGUAUGCUGGCGCAAGUGGCUCAGCACAGAGCGUUUGGCAGCUCUUUUAUCGACGUCCCCCGAGUGUCGUCCCGCCACAAUUGCUUAUGUUCCUGAUGCAAACACAAUCCAUGUCUGUCAAUGUAUGA